UUUGAUCAAGGUCAAUUGUUCCCUCACUAUCUCUCCGUAUAGGAUGCCGAUGUCCGACGUCUCUUUCUACUUAUAUAACCCUUGGUUCGAUAAACCUUGGCCCGAGGGGCCUGCUGAUGUAUCAGGCCUCGUUGUAAGCUUCGUUUCGUUUCGCUUCGAUUUUUCUUUUCGCCCCGGCGGGAGGGUGGUGAGUGGUGGAAGAGCUUAA